AUGCCUGUCAAAGUUUGUUACGAUUGUAUAGAAAUGUUUAGAAACGUUGAUCCUUAUUUGGUUUCCCUUCAAUCUGAUCAAAGUUUGGAAUCAUUCUUUGCUUAUGAUUUACAGUAUCCGCCAACAAAAAGAGUAAGGGAUUUAGUCACUGAAACAUUUACCUUUGGAGACUUUAAUGCUUUUGCUGGCAAUUUCCCCAAGGAUAUAUUAAAACGUUUAAAAAGAUGCAAGUUAGUGGCUGAUGUUACACCUGAUGUUAUCUUUCAAGCAUUUGAUAUACGUGCUCAGAAUGAAGCUCCUCGACAUUUAGCAAGAAUAAGCCGAAUAAGACGCAUGAAUCCAGGAAAACAGUAUUCAUAUUUAUAUGAUAGUUCAUUUUCUGGACAGCAGGUAAAUGCAUAUGUUAUUGAUUCGGGUGUUAGAAUUGACCACCCAGAAUUCUCUGGUAGAGCUCAAAUAGGUAAAGAUUUUACUAAUGAGGGUCCUGGAGAUAACAAUGGACAUGGAACACAUGUAGCCGGCCUCAUAGGGUCCAGCUCUUAUGGUGUUGCGAAACAUGUGGAACUAAUUGAAAUCAAAGCUUUAAAUAGCAAAGGUGCUGGUACUCUAAGUUCAAUACUUGCCGCGAUAGAAUUUGCUGCUAAGCAUAGAGAACAGACUGGUAGAAUGGGGGUAGCAAAUCUAUCGCUCGGUGCAUUCAAGAAUGCUUGCUUAAAUAGAGCUAUUGAAAAGGCUACAAAUACAGGAUUAAUAAUUGUAGUUGCUGCUGGUAAUACUGGUACAGAUGCAUGUUUGACAAGUCCUGCUAGCUCACCUCAUGCAAUCACGGUAGGUGCAAUUAAUGAUUAUGAUGAUAGCUUAGCUGAGUUUAGCAACUGGGGUCCCUGUGUUGAUAUUUUUGCUAGUGGUUCAGAUGUUCGUAGUGUUAAUGCUCAAGAUUUUGAAACUUCACAAGUUCUUUCAGGUACUUCGAUGGCAGCUCCUAUCGUUUCUGGCGUGGUUGCUAGUUUGCUUAGCGAAGGAAUAAAGCUGCAAGAUAUUAAACAAACAUUAAUUAUGAGAGCUAAUAAAGAUAGAAUUCCAAAAGCUUCUAUUAGCUUCAGAAAGGAUACACCAAAUAGAAUAGUAUACAAUGGACUCAGCUUGGACAAGGAGUCAGAACAAGAUAAAUAA